AUUUCAGAACGAAUUAUGUCCGCUGGUCUAGCCGUAAAUCGUGCCACACCAGGAAGUCUCGCAUUGCUUCAUCCGAGUGAUAUGGCUACGUCAUCGACGACAAAUGACCAUCAGCGGCAUCCAUCAACGAGAUGUAAUCAGCAAACGCAAACACAGCAAUCUUUGUACGAAUCCGAUCUUGAGCUACGACUCCGUGAGGCUAUUCGACAACGAGACGAACAGUGGCGAAAACACGAACGCGAACAAAUCACAUUCCUACAGAACGAGACGGCAUCGAUGUUGCGCGGUCUACACAAGGAAAUCGAACGUCUCGGACAUCAACUCAAAGAUGCAAAGCGUCAACUGUACGUACCAGACGAUUCACCGUGUGAUCACUCGGAAAUGGAGGCGAAAAUCGAACAACAGGAACAACGAAUCCGACAAUUAGAACAGCAAAUCCGCGAAAAAGAACAACAAGCAACCGUUAUCGAAAGCAAAGUGACAGAAACAGUGGAAAAACUCCAAGAACAAAUUGAUUUACAAGCUGAUCGUAUCCGACAACUCAGCGCAGAAUUAAACGAGCGCAAUCAAACAGUGGCCCAUCUGAGUAGUCAGCUUCGAACCUACCGUCUCAGAGACGCUAUGGCCACAGCUCAGCAACGUCGACGAGCAUCAUCAUCGAAUUGCUCAACAAGCCCUAUAGUCUCGCCCUCAUCCCCACAUCGAAUUUUCCCUCCAAAAGGGCUCGUUUCUGCCUCCGUUACUGUCUCAUAUCCGGGAAGUAAAAGCAACGCGUGUAUGGAACGGAUCCUGAGACGAAAAUCUGCAUCAACUGUCAGCAUGAACAAGCUGAAUUGAUACUGUAUUGAAAUUUUCGCACUAAAUCGUGUACAGAAGCCGUCAUACGAACCGAGUUGGCGCCAAACUUCAGUUUAUCGUGCAAACUCCUCUAUAGAGACGAACACACAUCCGACUUUGUGCUUUCAAAUGGCUAGGCACUAAGGGUAUGUCAAAAAUCCCGUGUUUCUUCGUUUUCUCUCGAAUUUACGAGUAGUUGAAAAAAUCGCUUAUUAGGCUCAUACCCAUCAUGUAUGUCUAUUUAUGCACUGAAUAACCUCGAAGCAGGUAUUCAUCUCAAGCAUCGACUCUAUUUUUUACCUCUUUCGUAGCACAUGUCGUCGCCCAUGUAUCUUUUCGAGCUCCAGUUGAAUCUAAUCUUGCAUCAACAUACUAUGAAUCAAUGGAUGGUUCGUGUAUUGUGAUAUGAUGACACAAUGUAUGUGACAUGCAUAUGAAAAUGACUUGCCGGUGCUUUAUUUUGAUAGCUAUUUUGUAAAAUGUGUUACUCUUAUCAGCAAUAUUGAAG